AUGGCUGCUCCCCUUUCGUCGAGUGUGUCCAACUCCUCCGCCGACUCGGGAGACAUCGCCCAGCAACGGCCUACCAGGGAGGAAACCCCAAAAAGGCCACCAGUCUCGUUGUUCAACAGCAAUAACAACACCACCACCGCCAACAAUAAUAGUAAUAACGGCACAAAUGGACUGGAAGGGCCCGUCUCUCGAGAAUCUUCCGUCAUACGAAACAUCAAUGGCAGUUUCCCGCCAGGAGCCCAGACUCCCCACUCGCAAGCCUCUCUUGGCGUUGACUCUGCCGCCUCUUUCUCGUCUUCUAUUCUCCAGGAAGAAGCAAAGCUCCGAUGGGAUUCCGAGGAAGAGCUGAAGAAAGUCUCAAAGACUCUUCUUCGCCUUCAGAAAUGGUCUCUCAUUCUUGGUCUGCUCAUUGUUAACGGUGCCCUGAUCUACGUCGCUUGGAAGUACUUCCAGCUGUACUACCUGUUUGUCAUCCUCCUCAGCUCAAACACUAUGCUUCAAAUGUUCAUGAUGUUGGCCAUUAUCUCCAAUGCUAUUGCCAGACGCGUCUUGCCUUGGUGGUUCGCCAAGAAAGAGGUCAUCCCCGAGGAACUUGAGAAGCUGGUCCUCCUCCUGCCUUGCUACAACGAAACACACGAAGAAUUAACCCGCUCUCUGGAUUCUCUCGUUUCACAAAAGGAAAUUGAUGGCCAUCCCCGGGCCAUUUUCAUCGUUGUUGAUGGUAAUGCUCGUGGCCCCGGUAUGGAAAAGACUACUCAAGACUAUCUCCUCGAAGAUAUUCUUGAACCUGGCCAAACCCGACGAUUCGAAAAUGGUUACCGUGCCCGAGAUGGUCUCUUCAUGCCUGUCAAGAUCCAAACUGGCUACUACAAGGGUAUUCCAUAUGUCUUUGUCGGAAAGAGUUACAACCAAGGCAAACGCGAUAGCUUGUGCUUCGCUCGCUCGCUUCUCUAUCACUUCAAACAGCGAUCGGAAAAUAUCCUCACCAUGUUCAACAAUGAACUAUACGAGUAUAUCGGCAACAGUUUUGUUCAAUUCGGCGUCGACACUGUUGACUAUCUCGUUGGUAUGGAUGCAGAUACUGUCUUUGAUGAGUACUGUAUCCGCGAAAUGCUCCGAGAGAUUCGCCAGAAUCCCAGGCUCGUUGGUGUCUGUGGUCAUGUUUGUGUCGAUUUUGACGGCAAGCCCUAUUCUCCUUGGUCUCUCUACCAAUCAGUGGAAUAUUCCCAAACCCAAGGCCUGCGACGCAUGUUCCAGUCCCGCAUCACCGGCAAAGUCAAUUGUCUUCCUGGCUGCUGUCAACUCAUCCGCGUCGAUGAGUCCACCUUUGGCGAUGCUGUACUCCGCGAACGAUUCGGAUACUGCCCCAAGCCGAACGACAUCAUGACUCAACACAUCAUGGGUAACUACUCAGAGGACAGCAUCCACGCGUCCAUCAUCUUCAGUUUGUUCCCUAAGAAGCAAACGGCACAGGCUCUGCAUGCCAAAGCAUUCACAAUUGUUCCCCAAAAUUGGAAAGUCUUUUUGUCACAGCGCAAGAGAUGGGCUCUUGGUAGUAUCUCAAAUGAAUUCGUGAUGAUCUUCAGGCCAGGCAUCAUCGUUAUGGAGAGGAUUCAAAGCAUCGUUGCCGUCAUGACGUGGGCCAUUACUCCAUUCAUCAUCGCCGCCGUGGUUGAGCUCAUCAACCUUCUCGUCCGAAGAGGUCGGGAGAUGUUCCAGGACACAAUUUUCAUUACCCUCAUCUCGGUUUUGUUUGCACGCUACUUCUACUCAUUCUGUGUGGGCUUUUGGCUUCCCCGAAACAUGAAAGAGCGCGUUCAGUACUUUACUGGCUACUUCAUACACUUCCUUACCUCUCCAUUCAUGAACAUCAUCAUCAUGCUUUACUCGCUCUUUAACUCUGAUGACUUCAAAUGGGGUAAGACUCGCGAAGUGGUCAAGAGUGACGGCGAGGGUGAGAAAGGAUCUGCCGCUGAUAGGAACGCCCACUGA